AUGAAAGAUUCUACCCUUCUAGCAUUAAAUGAGGAGCCGCCGACCAAGCCGGGGCUGGAGCUGCCGGCGCCGGGGCCUCGGGUGCCGGCGCCGUCGGCCUUCCCGCAAGGGCGGUGGGUGCCGCCCGAGGAGUCGGCCGCCUAUAUCAAAAUGCGCGCCGAGGACCGCGAGAUGUCGCGGCGUCGCUGGCGCCGCUGGUUCCUCGCGGGGUCGCGCCGCCACACGCGGCACCGCGGCGACAGCCAGCCAACGCCCCUGGCGGAGGGAGAGGGCGACGCCACCGGCGUUGUCUUGGGGGAGCUAGCCAACAUCACCGCCGCCGCCGCCGCCAUCGCAGAGGAAGAAGAAGAAGAAUGAAUCCCCGCCCACAGAUAACAUCAUCUCAUCAUCUCCAAUAUUAUCAAGAAAGGAUAUCAGCCACACAGCUCUGUUUUGAGAAGUAAAAUCAAAUUUUAUUUAUUUUAAAAUAAUUAUAUAAAAAUGUUUUUAGUGUCAUUAUUUUAAAAUGUAGUUUUUUAAAUAUUUUAAUGUCUUUUGAGGUGUGUAAAUAAAUACA